GGCGGGACGCGGUGCCGGGAGCGCCGAGGAGAAGAGCGGCGGCCCCAGCCCGUCCCGUCCGGGCGGCCGCGAAACUUUUCCGAGGGCGCGGGGCAGAUCAGAUGACACUACGGGUGACAUGGCUAAAGUCAAAACAGUGCAUGAACUGAUGAGAAACAACAUUGCCUUCUGAGGACAUUAGCUUCCUUGUUGCCAGAAAUCCUAAGUGCAACUUUACUACCAAAAGAGACCCUGAUGUUUUGUGAUCAUUGAGCAGAGUUUGCAAGAAUGGAAAAGCAAAGGACCCCACUAGCUGCGUCUCAUAAAUAAAAAUUUCCAGGAUUCAACUGAAUUGAAAAAAUAUUUCAGCCAUGGGAGAAAAUGCAACUUUUUGGGAAAGUUUGAUAUAUGCACAUCCUCCAUGUACCACCUGGAAGCGAGAGGCAGAGGGAUCUAUCUACCACCUAGCCAGUAUUCUCUUUGUUGUGGGCUUCAUGGGUGGAAGUGGAUUCUUUGGGCUUCUCUAUGUCUUCAGCUUACUUGGAUUAGGCUUUCUCUGCUCUUCUAUUUGGGCUUGGCUGGAUGUCUGUGCUGCUGAUAUAUUCUCCUGGAAUUUUAUACUGUUUGCUAUAUGCUUCGUCCAGUUCAUUUUUGUUACCUACCAAGUUCGGAGUGUUUCCUUUGACAGAGAAUUCCAGGAACUCUAUAGCUCUAUCUUCCAGCCUCUGGGAAUUUCCUUGACUGUCUACAGGAAGAUCGUCUUGUGCUGUGAGGCAGAAGUGGUUACCCUGGAGAAGGAACACUGUUACGCCAUGCAGGGCAAAACACCUAUUGAUAAACUGUCCUUGCUUGUGUCAGGCAGGAUCAGAGUGACAGUUGAUGGGGAGUUUCUGCAUUAUAUUUUUCCUCUUCAAUUUCUGGAUUCUCCUGAAUGGGAUUCCCUGAGGCCCACAGAAGAGGGAAUUUUCCAGGUAACUCUUACAGCAGAGACAGAUUGUCGGUAUGUGGCCUGGAGGAGAAAGAAGCUGUAUCUGCUGUUUGCUAAACACCGUUUCAUCUCCCGCCUGUUCUCAAUUUUAAUUGGGAGAGACAUUGCUGAAAAACUCUAUGCCUUGAAUGACAGAGUGCACAUGGGGAAAGGCUUUAGGUACGACAUUCGGUUACCGAACUUCUACCACGUUGCACUGCCAGAGACCCCUACUCUGCACCCCUCCUACCACCUACAGAGAAGGUCCCCCCAGCGCAAGCCCGUGGGGGUUACAAACUGCAGCCCCUUCAGCCCACAGUCCUAGGAAGGAAAACUCUGCGGCAGCCGUUCUCCAGAGCAAAGAAGGGAAAUGUGAAGUGUGAAGCGGAAGGGCGGAAAGACGAAGCAGAAUAAGACCCAGUCAUGCCAAAUUUGACUGACAAGUGCCAUUUACUUUCAUUGGAGUAGCUUGAAUUCUUCCUCUCUCUAGAGCCAGUGGGUUGGCUUCUGUGUUUUGACCGUUUGUGCAAUGUGUUUAGUUUCUGUUGACUCUUUUGUUGAUGUUCAUCUCCCUACUUUUAGAGGAAAACAAAUCAUAACAGGCUUAAGUUUUACUGUAACUGCGGUGGCCUCUGUGUUGUGGUUUGGUUUUUUUCUUAAAAAAAAACAAA